CCCUGGUUUGUCAUCUAUUCUGUCGUCUAAAAAAAUUCGCCUCUGUUAGAGCAAGCAACCCUUUGUGACGUUGUCGAAUUCGGAAUUGAUGGCAAAUUUUCGCUGAGGACAUGUAGUUAUCGCUUUGCAAGUCGUCGAGCUGACCAAAAAAAUGGCAACUAGAAGUCUCACCGAUGUUUUCGUCCUCAUGAGAAACAACUCCACCCAGAGCAGGAAUAUUUAUUCAGAACAGCGUUUAUCAGAGCGUGUAUCGCUGAUGAACCCAGACCUGGAGGCUGGCGUUCACCUCUUGCGAAAUGGCUCUGGCGACGAAGACUCAAACGAACCUCCCUCUUGGGUGGACAGUUUAGAAGAGGCUCAGUAUUCCUUGAGCAAAAUCCAGGGUAAGCUGAGAGAGCUGGAGUCGCUGCACACAAAGCACUUGCACCGGCCAACCAUGGAUGAUUCGGCCGAAGAAGAAAGCCAGAUUGACGCCCUCAACAAGGAAAUUGCUAGGAUGUUCAACAACACACACAAAAUUAUCCAGCAAAUUAGGAGGAACAGCGUCUCUGAGGCGAGACACGGCAAGGAGAAGCGGCUGUCGUACAACGUAGUUUCAUGUCUAGUCACAUCGAUGCAAGAGCUUUCAAAUAAGUUUAGAGAGAGUCAAGGGAAUUACCUGAGAAAGCUGAACUCGCGUGAGGAGCGUUCAAAGCAGUAUCUGAUGCUGCCAGAGGAAAUGGACACGCAGGAGCAGCCUAGCGCGGAGGACGUUCUGUUUGGGCUUCCACCCGGCACCAACGCCAUCACCAGUCAGCAGCUGCUUGUGCUUGCGGACAACACUGCACAAGCGGAGCAGCGUGAGGAGGAAGUUCGCAAGAUUGUGUCCAGCAUCAUUGAUCUCAACUCCAUUUUCAAAGACCUGGCGCACAUGGUCGUGGACCAAGGUACGGUUCUGGACCGGAUAGACUUCAACGUGGAAAGAACGCAGGAGCAGGUGACGCAAGGUUUCCGGCAACUUCAAAAGGCUGAGCGCUACCAACGCUCCAACCGCAAAAUGAAGUGCAUUCUAAUCAUGACUGCCACUGUUAUUGUGCUCUUAUUCCUAUUGAUAAUCAUAAAAUCUUGAAUAUUUAUGAAUAUACAAAUCAAAAGCUAUUAAAUUACGAUAAUUGCUAACAGACUGAA